AUGAGAUUAUCCAUUCGUUUCUUAUUUACUUUUGGAGUUGUCACCACAUUCGUUCAAGCUUUUGCAACUCCUGAUGCUCUUGCCCUUCCAUGGGCUCAUGCUAAUCCUCAAGCAUAUGCUGCUGCUCAAGCCUACGCGGAUGCUUAUGCUGAAGCAAUUGCUAUAGGUCAUCCAGACCCAGAAGCUUAUGCACUAGCUGCUUCUGAUGAUGACUGUGCUACUAUUGCAUGCCAUGCUUCUUGUGGUUUAUUGAUUAUUGCUGGUACUGAAUGCUCUUUGAACUCCGAAAAUACAUAUGCUGGUCCAUACAAUAAAACUUGUUUGUGUGAUGAUGAUACUGAUUUCAUUAACUAUUACACACCUUGUAUGGAUUGUGGCUGGACUUUCUGGAAAUAUUAUGGAGGUUAUGUCUCUUCUGCUUUGGCUGCUUGUGAAACUUUAUCCACGGAACCAACUGGUACUUUAAGAUGCUCAACGACUUUAACUGACUCUUACACUAUUGAUACUAGUAUUCAAGGUUGUUCAUACUUAGGAAAUUGUCCAACUUCAACUGCUGAAUCCACUACAACUUCAAGUUCAGUUUCACCAAGUGUUCCAACUACUCAAGCAACAUCUACUAGCUCUAAAUCAUCAACUUCAACAGCUUCAUCACCAAAAACUUACACUGGAACCACAUAUACUGUCACGACUGAUUUAUCAUUCACUUACUCCUAUUCACCUGGUGGAGAAACUACUGAUUGUUUUACAACUUCUUACCAUUAUCCAACAGCAACCAAUAAUCCUAUUGAUAUGGAUUUUAUUUCUUGGGAUGAUAAACAUUUUGACACAACCAACUACACUACAUAUUUCUUCCUAAACUUUACUUCUGAUCAAUCAGAUGUGACUGAUAUUAGAUUAAUCACAGGUACUGAUAUGGCAACUGCUGUUUUAACUCCUGAUUCUCAAAUUUGGGUCAACUUACAUCAAGGUGUUAUGGGAUUUGUCACUUCUGCUCAAAACAAUAUGGCCGCUUACAAUUUGGGUAUUUUGAUCACCUAUAAGGGUACAAACUACCUAUAUGCUUACUCGUGCAAAACGGAUCGUUUGACUCUGAAAUAUUUGCAACUUGAUAAGAGUGAAUAUGAUUCAUGUUACACAAUGAGUUUCUGGAGGUAUUGGAAUGAUGCUGGCUAUUGUACUCAUAGAGAAGAUCCAAUCACUACUACAGUUGAAUUUAGACCUGAGUCUAGUGAAACAACGUCAACUUCAAAUGUUCCAAGUACUAGCAGCUCAUCCUCAUCUUCAAGCUCAAGUGAUGCUACUACCACAUCAUCCAGCUCACCUGCUACUUCAGCUUCCACCGAAGUCCCUUCCACAUAUAGCUCGGAGAGAACUUCAAACUCUGUAUCAACUGACUCAUCAUCCACUUCAAGUGAUAUAGUUCCACCAACAUCAGCUUCAACUGCUCCAUCGGCAAGUUUAUCCUCACUCAGCUCAAGUCAAUCCAUUGCUCCAACUGUGUCCAAUUCAACCUCUUCUGAAUCUAUGAUUUCCUCAUCUUCCACUUCAUCUUCAUCAAGUUCACCUACUGCAGAACCUUUUUUGAGUGGUGAAUUGGUUAAUGGUCAACCACAAUGGGAAUUAUCAAUUCCUGGUGCUUUAGGUCCAUGGAAUUCUGUUUCAGUUAUUUGUUCUCAAAAUCAAACAAAUGUUUUCAAUUAUGACGACGCUGUUGUUUAUGUUAAUAAUGUGGCUAUGAACAACGUCAGUAUUUCUUAUGCUAACAAUUCAGUUGAUCUUUCAUUUACGUUUAACAUUGAAGUUGCUGAUGUUGUUAUUGUUCAAUUUGGUGGUGAAGUUAUUGGUGAAGGACAGGGGUUUACAUCUUUGGUGCAUCUGACCAUUGUCGAUUUGAAUAAUGAGAGAAUUGUCAAAAGAGGUGAAAUGUCAUGGGAUUUGAGUUAUACAAUUGAUGCAGAAGUAACAUCCAGUGAAUCUGAUAUUUCAUCAUUAACUUCAACUGAAUCAUCUAAUGGAAUUAGUACUGCUACAACAAUCCUCACUGAAGAUACAACAACAAUUGUUACUAUAACUUCAUGUUCAGAGGAUCAAUGUACUGAAGUUGAAACAACAGCUCAAGUUACCGUUGUCACUGUGACUGAAGAUGAUAUUGUUACUUCAUAUACUACAUAUUGUCCAACUUCUAAACCUGAAACUACUAUUGUCACUGUUACUUCUUGUUCUCAAGAUAAAUGUUCCCAAGUUGAAUCCAGUGCUCAUAUUACCGUUAUCACUUCAACUCAAGAAGGUGUUGUCACUACAUUGACUACUUAUUGUCCAAUUAGUUCUGAAACUGCUGUUUCCAACACUGGAAGUUCUACAAAAACUAUUGAAAGUACUAGUGAAACCGCUGGAGUUGCACAAAAUGUUACACAAGUUGUUACUGUUGAAUACACUAGUGUAUCAGAAGGUGUUACAAAAGUCGGUACUACAACAAGUGAAGUUGUUAAGCCUGCUUCAAGUACACCUGCUGAGGUUUCUACUUAUGAAGGGUCUGCUAAUAUGUUGAUUAGAUCUGGAUUAGUUGGUCUUGUCUUUAUGGUUCUUUUGUGA